UUAAAACUUAAAGGAAACAGUUCCAAAACAUAAGCAUGCAGAUUAUUCUAACAUCUCAAGACAAGUUAAACCAUUUACACAUGAACAACAGUUAUACCUCUACUCUGCAAGCAAACUGAAGAGAAGGAUAACACAAGGGAACAACAAAGACAAAUAUAAAUGCAUAUGUAGUCUUGCAUGAAAUCAGUCAAAAGGUUUAUAAGUGCACAUGUAUCACAUUUUUAUAUAAGAUGAUGCCGAUCAAGCUUCAUGAAGAACAUCGAGAAGAAAGAGAAACAGCAGAGCAUUAUGUUAAGUUUGUAUAUUCAUACAAGAUAGAGUUUGGUAACUGAGUGGCAUGAAUUCUCCGUGGCAGACUCGUCUUGUCCUUUGUCAAGUGAAAGUAUCCAAGCAAGUACAACCUUCUUUUUUCUCUUUCAUUGAGGUCCCAGGGAGAAUUCGGCCGGUACAGGGCCAGCUGUCUUCUGCCAGUUGAAGAAUAGAAAAGGGUUUGCACCCUCUUAUAUUUUAUGCUGUAUGGGACUGAAUAAGUACCAAACUUACCGAAGGGGACAGAAAAGAAUGUAUUCUUGUUCCAUUCCUUGCCUUCAGACAAUGUUGAAGGAGAAGCAUCUUCACCCCCAUUUCCCAUUUCUUUUGCAAUUUUCCCAUUUCUUUUGCAGUUUUCCCGUUUCUUCACUCGGUUGUAUCUAAUACCGAAGUCUUAAGGUGCUCUAGUCAAUAGAAUCCCCUUCUAUAUUCUCUAAAUAUGACCACUUAAACAACGUAUGCUGUCUCCAUCCACUACCUUGGUUAUAGAUUUGAAGGCAUUAGUACCCCUAUCAUAUAGAGUGUAGAUCAUCACUAAUUUAAUAUUGCAUUGACAACUGAAACUAUACUUCAAGACCAGGGUGAGGGACAGAGACAUCUCAAAUCUGAGAAUUCCAUAAGGACGGAAAGGGAUGAAAGAAGGGCUCGAGAUAGCAGAGAUAAUUGAUUCCCCUCUUCUAGGUCAGAAAAAUUCCUCUCACAUCCAGGAAUAAGAUUCUUGCUUUUUGCCCAAUGGACAAAUACGAAUGCACACAACUAAAGAAAAGCUUGGUGGAUCAAUUCCCAGUAUCUAAUUCAAGGCGUCAAGGAGUUUCCCAGAGUUAAUGUGAGGAGGAAUUCUCUUACAAUGGAAAGUAGAGUAUAGAGUAAAGGCCCUCCCUCAUUUAACAAAAAAGAAAGGACAAUAUCUCUUUUCAACUCACUGUGAAUAUAAGAUUGGGUAGGGCAUUAUGUUGGCUUUAUCAAAGAUUCUAUGCGUCUAUAGCUUCCCAUUCUCUUCCUCCAUCCCGUCUCUUUAUAAGGACAUAGUAGAGCAGACCUUUGGUCAGUAUGCAUUGGGCAUGGGAUAAAGAGAACAAGGAAGAGCAAACAGAACAAUCACAUAUUGGGGGGAAAAAACACCAGGCAGUUGGCUUGUCCCAGAAGAGUGUUUCUUAAACAAUACUUCUUAGGCUGUAACAGAUUGGAUCAAGGGUGAAAAGACAAGGCAUUAGGUAAAGAAGACAUUUUUCCUGAUAGCAAUAUCAAGUGUAAGUUCUCCUCCCUACAUCAAAAUUCAGUUUUCUUGGGGGAUAGAUAUGUACCAUCAUCAGCAAGGCAAGAGCAUGCACCCUUCUUCAAGAAUACCAAUCCCAUCAGAGAGGCAUUUGUUCCUGCAAGGUGGGAAUGGCCCAGGAGACUCGGGGCUUGUCCUUUCAACAGAUGCAAAGCCAAGACUUAAAUGGACACCAGACCUGCAUGAACGUUUCGUGGAAGCAGUCAACCAGCUAGGAGGAGCAGACAAGGCUACUCCAAAAACGGUUAUGAAACUUAUGGGAAUUCCUGGGCUCACACUAUACCACCUAAAGAGCCACUUACAGAAGUACAGGCUCAGCAAAAAUCUUCAUGGACAGGCUAAUAGUGGAAGCAACAAGAUGGGUCCUCUUGCGGUUGCUAUAGAGAGAGUACCUGAACCAACUCAACCUCAUUCGAGUAACUCGAGUAUUGCACCCCAAGCAAACAAAAGCUUACACAUUGGCGAAGCACUACAGAUGCAAAUUGAAGUUCAGAGAAGGUUGCAUGACCAGCUUGAGGUACAGAGACAUUUACAGCUUCGUAUAGAGGCACAAGGAAAAUACCUACAAUCAGUGCUUGAGAAAGCACAGGAAACCCUCGGGAAGCAGAACUUAGGUGCAGUAGGACUUGAGGCGGCCAAAGUUCAACUCUCAGAACUCGUCUCGAGAGUAUCUACUCAGUGUCUCAGUUCUUCAUUUUCAGAGCUGAAAGAACUGCAGGGUCUGUGCCCACAGCACACACAAACAAACCAGCCAAAUGAUUGUUCGAUUGACAGCUGUCUCACCUCUUGUGAAGGAUCCCAAAAGGAACAAGAGAUGCACAACAUAGGGAUGGGAUUGAGGCCCUACAUCAGUAGUAAUCUCUUGGAGGCAAAAGAACUUCCUGAAGGGAAAAUGCUACAGCAGUCUGACAUCAGGUGGAGAGAAGACAUGAAAGAAAAUAAUAAUAUGUUUCUAUCAUCUCUUGGCAAAACUGCCGAAAGGAGAGUUUUCCCUACUGACAGAAGCGCUAGUGAUUUAUCCAUGAGUGUGGGACUCCAUGCAGGAGGGAAUGCAAGUAAUAUGUUUUCUGAAGGAAGAUACAAAGGAAGGACUGAGACUGACAUAUUCCCUGACCAAACUAAUAAGCAGUCAGAUUCAGUCAUCCCAGAGAAGGAAAAAUUGUCACAAGGAUAUCCAUUGCCUUACUUCGGGACAAAGCUGGACCUGAACUCCCACGAUGAGAUUGAUGCUACUUCAGGCUGCAAACAGCUUGACUUGAAUGGCUUUAGUUGGAAUUGAUGAAACCUGCUGUGGAAGGAAUGACCUAGUGAUUUUUGUCAGGAGAUGAGCCAGCGCCCAUCGAGCAUGACCAUGGCAGACAGCCUAUUACCAAGAUCACUUGCUCUUACGAGCCAAGCACUCGUGGAAGAAUUAAUUCAAUCUAAAAGAGAGUAGGUUACAGUAAGAGAUGUACGUUUUGUACCUUAAGCAUCAACAAAGUCUAUGUUCAAAAGGCUAUAUCAUUAAAGCAUCAACCUGAGUAAAGUACAACAAUCCUACUUCUACUCAAAUCCAGACUUCCCACGAUUAUUGCUAAGCAAUACAUGUAAGGGGUCUUG